AUGAAGUCCUUUGCAGCGGCCGUGCCCCUGGCAGCAGCCUUCUUUACCACAUCCGCCCUCGCCUGGCUCCCCUCCUGCACGUGGUCUGACUGCAUGGGAAGCUGGGAUGGCUCCUCCUGCUCGUCGUCAACGGGCUGGGACUGCCUCUGCUCCAACCAGACAGCCAUUUCCCAGUUGAACACCUGCGUCGCCACAUCUUGCACAAACACCACCGAUCAAGAGGCCAUCUACGGUGCUGUUGCACAGCUUUGCGCCAAUGCCGGCAGCCCAGUCACCCACUCGCAAGAAGCCACCUUUAGCGCUACCUCCGGUGGCUCGGCCUGGCCUUCUCAGAUCACCGCCGGCCCAGGCUUUGGCCCUGGUGGCGGCUGGAACUCCGAUCAAUGGUCCAGCUGGAUCUCCGCCUGCUCUACCGGUCUGCCCUCCGCCCCUAGCGGCUGGGGUGGUCAAGGCCCCUGGGGCGGCCCGGGCGCCUGGGGCGGUAAUGGCGGCGGUCCUGGCGGCUUCCGUGGCGGCCCUGGUGGUGGAUGGGGUCCUUGGGGCACCAAAGCCAGCGGCAUCGACUGCGACUCAUGGACCACCUGGACCGCUGGCUGGGGUCCUUUCUCCUCGUGGACCGGCACCUGGUCUGGCUGCAGCACAACCACCAACUCUCCCGUGCCUGCCACCAUCACCACGACCGUCACAACCGGUGGCCAGACUCAAGUCAUCACCGGCACGACCUUUGGUAUCCAGGCCGUCGCUGCUGCCACGACCGGCGCCGACUCCGACAGCGCGGCUCCUUCUCUGCGCGGUCUUAGCGCUUGCGGCGCGCUCGUGGCAGCCAUUCUCGCCACCAUCAUUGCCUUGUAA